AUGUUAUGGUGUAUUUGGAGACGUCGUAAUGACAAGGUAUGGGAUGGUCAGCUGCAGCCGAGUAACAUAGCAGUCCAGCUAGCGCGCGAGUUGUUAUUUCAAUGGCAAGCUGCUAGAAAUUCUGCUACUACACAAGUUCAGCAAUCACCGCAAGAUACAAUUGCGUGGCAGCCACCAGCCGCGGGAUUUCUGAAAUGUAACGUAGAUGCAGCCAUUUUCAGUGAACAGAACCGGUUUGGGACAGGUAUGUGUGUUCGAGAUCAGCGAGGCAGGUUCUUAAAAGCUGCUACAAAUUGGUAUGAAGGUUGUCCUCCUCCUCAAGAAGCGGAAGCAGUUGGAUUACGCGAUGCCAUUUUGUGGCUUGGACAGUUAGAAUUAUCAAAUGUGCAAUUAGAACUAGAUUGUAAACUAGUGGUGGAUAGCAUAUAUGAUAAGAAUAACAACCAGGCAGAAUUUGGUAGUAUCAUUGAUGACUGCAGGUCACUAUUACAACAAUUUACAAACUUUAAGAUAAGUUUUGUUAGGAGACAAGCGAAUGUUGUCGCUCAUAGUUUCGCUAGGGUGUCAAUAUUUCAAGCUCGUCACCAAGUCUUUGAUUUGAUUCCAUCUUGUAUUCCAAAUUGUGUGAUGAAUGAAAUGAUAUGA